CAAAGUAAAGCCAACCAAACACCACACGUACAUAUCCUUAAAUUCCUCAUCCAUCCAACAUUAUCGAUUAAUCAAUCAAUCCUCUCCCUCCCAACAAAACCAAACCCUAAUUUCUGUAACUAAUCAAUUAAUAUCAUGAAAUACAACGAAAUCUGCCAUUUCAGCCAUCCGCAGCACAGCCUCAAGUUCGAGUACUCGGAGGAUCCUUUCACCUGCGACGGCUGCAAGGAGCCCGGGAUCGGCUCCCGGUACAAGUGCUCCGGCGGCGGCGGCGCGUGCAAUUACGACCUGCACACGCACUGCGCCGUACCGUCGGCGUCGAUCGCACACCCGUUCUACACGAAAUGCUCGUUCCAGUUCCUGACGCGGCCGGCGGGGCAGGUGGCGCGUUUCUGCAACGCGUGCCAGAAGGACGUGGCGGGGUUUGUUUACCACUGCAAGUCUUGCGGGUUCGACCUCCAUCCCUGCUGCGCCAAGCUGCCGAUGCUCCUCCAUGACGGUGACAUUAAGCUCUACUUGUAUAAGAAAGUCGCCGCCUCCUGUCACAGGUGUGGACGAAAAGGGCGGAGUUGGAGCUACAGGUCAUCGUGCAAGAAGUACAACUUCCACGUGGCGUGCGUCAAGGAAAUGUUGGUCGAGAGUUGGCAGGAGAUAUACUACGGUGCGUGGGGGAGCACCUACACCCACACCCACGCCGGUGCCACGUCACUGAGUGCCACGUUGGCAAAGCACAACCACCGGCGGCAGAGGGGUAAAAAGGGAAAAGCACGCAAAUGUUGCGAGGUGGCCGCGCUCGCCUUGCAAUUUGUCAUAUCUGCAGUUCUAGGAGAUCCCACCACCCUCAUCGCCGGCGCCAUAGGGGCAUUAUUGUCCAAAUAGAUUUUAUUUUGUUUUACUUUUUUAAAAAUUUGAAUAUUACCAAGUUAUGGAAAAUAAUAUAUUAAUUGGAAAAAUCGUGAACAAUAUUUAGGUAUUAAAAGAAUACCAUUAGCUACCAUGUUGUUGUAAUCAAUGGGUUAAUUU